AUGCUUGGUUACAACAUGAGUUUAGGACAGCUCUGUAUCCAUUCUGCAAGGAAUACUAAGCCAAUGCUUCAUGUUUGGCCCGUAAGGGAUUUUGAGGGUUAUGUAAGCUUCAAUGAUGUCCACAAUGCGGCCAGAGGCCAUGGUCACUCGCUUCAAGGACAAGCUCUACCUCAUCAAGGUGUUGUAAGUCGCUUUGAAGUCAUGAUAUCAGGAUUUACAAGGGACAGCAACCGUAUGUCGAUGUCUUCAGUGGUGAACUAUGGAUCAACAUUCUACGCGAGACUCUAA